AUAGGUAUAUAUAUACUGUGCUCAACGUCAUCAGCAAUAAAUAAAUAAAUAUUCAAAAACUCUCAAUAUCAUCACUACCAACCACUCACUCACUCACAACAAUCCAACCCAACCCAAUCAAGCAAGCAAGCCCACAAACCAUGUCAAUGAUGGCCAAACGCGAAGCAAUAAUCAUGACCAUCACCGCAAUCGGCGGACUAAUCGGCGCCAACGCCCUCCUCAAACCCUCUCCUCAUCACAGCAUCAAAGCGGGAAUGGACGCACAGUUACAUUCAUACAAUGCUCAUACAAAGCCACAUGCCGAUCAAGAUCCUUUGUAUGUAUUUCCCAUUUCGUGAUUUCGUCAUGGUGCGUUAGAUUGUUAAGUUAUUGUAUUAUGGAGGGGGGGUUUUGAAGGAUAGGAUAAAAAGGGAGAGGAAAAGAAAGAAAGAGAAGAGAAGGGCUAAUUAUGAGUGAUCAUGAUAUAGGGAUACGAUUUUUGAUCGCACGGCGUUGAUGGAGAAGGUUAAGGAUCAGAAACCGUGGAAUAAGACGUAUGCGGAGCAGGAGAGGCAUAGAUAGAUGUGAAGAUUGUUAAGGUAUUCGGUUCGUGUUAAUUUGGGGUGGGAGGAUAAGUUGGUGCACGAUUCCAGGGGCUUGGGUUUUGGCGUUGGAAUUGGGGUUGGAUUUUUGAGCGAACGAUUACCUACUUCUUCUUAUGAUUAGUAUAUUUGAUAUCCCGUCAG